AUGCUGUCCCUCUACAUUGUCCUUUGUAUUGCUUCCUUAUAUACCCCGCGAUGUGUCUCUACUCCGCGCGACACACUCAACACCUUCGUGGCCACAGCGCAUGGCUUGCCAUGUUUGGGCUGUGGGCCCGGCCGUUCCUUAUUGGGACCUUGUGCCGGUACCAACACCAACACCAACACCACGACCUUAUGCUGGUAUCCAGAUUCCAGGGAUUCGGAAGAAAACCUACAUACAAUUACGAACGACUGCACCAAAUACAGACAUUUUUUUUUUACUCAGAUAUUAUGA